GCUGUUCUUAUUAUUUUUUAAUAUUCAAGGUUGAGUCCCGUUUCCCCCCUCCCCCAAUCCAUAUUGGAUCCAGCUUCUGAUCACCUUUACUUUAGGGAGCAGGGAAAGGAACUCUCAAUAUUUAUAUUAUUAAUUUUUUUAAACAAAAAUCUUCAGACUUUUUUGGGGGUGACCUUUCUUCCCCCACCUGCCCCCCCGGGGGCACUUUCUUCUAUGGAGGCUCCAGGAUCGCUUUAGCAUCCUUUCUUCUCCCUCCUCCACUCCCUGGGUUGUGGGACAAUCGUAUCUUGAUAUCCCCAUGGAUGGUACUAGUAGGUAACUCCUUAAACUACACCCCCUCCGGAAAUAUUUCUGGGAGGGGGAGGGGGACUAGGCGAGAGGAACACCUUUUGUAAUGCAAGGGUGAAAAAAAUAUUUUCCCCACCCUGAAAUCUCUUUCCUUAUUUGGACGGGGUUCUUCCCCUGCCCUCUCUCGUUAACCAAAAACUUGGAAUUAUCUUUGUGGAGAGAGAGAGAGAUCGCAAUCACUCGGGACCUUUUGUAGCCUGACCUCCAGCCAUCUUUGAUUUCCGACUUCCUAAAAUAACUCCGGGAGUCCACAAGACGCCUCAGGUGACAGAGGUGGCCAAAUGGGUUCCAAAAGGUGCCGAACGGAGGAGACCAACAUCUGCGAGAAAUGCUGUGCAGAGUUCUUUGACCUCUCUGAAUUCCUUGAGCAUAAGAAAAAUUGCACUAAGACACCACCUGUCCUAAUCAUGAAUGAUGGGCAGGGCACGAUGCCCCUGGACGACUUCCCCGACAGCUCCUCAGGGAGUUUUCCAAGCAAUCAGAUGGACAGUCGAAUGGCCAAGGAGAGUCACGCGAAGAGUUGCUCUGCUUCUGUGGAAAAGAGAGGAGAGAGAGUCGGCGCUGAACCAGAGGGAGGGACGUAUCUGAAAACGGAGCCCCCCGUUGCUCCUGCAGCUCACGGGCUGAGCUAUAUACCCAAACCCAAAGUACCAAACACUAACGUGACUUUGCAGUCUAUACGUGGCACGAAAGUGGCUGUCAACCAGUGUACCUCGGAGACCCUGUCUCCAUCUGUGGCUGGCCUCAAUGCUAUCCCAAUGAUCCUUGAGCAGCUUGUGUGCCUACAGCAGCAACAGCUCCAGCAGAUUCAGCUUACGGAGCAAAUCCGCAUCCAAAUUGCCAUGAUGGCCCCCCAUGUCCUGCAUCCUUCGAUAGCUGCUGCAGAUCCCCUAAAAGCUUUGGGGGCUCAUAUGUCCCAACAACUGUCAGCUGCUGUUGCUUUAAUUGGACAGAAAGCUGGGAACCAAAGCCUAUCACUGGAAUCCUUGAAACAAGGCAAACUACCUCAUUCGAAUGCCGGCUUGCCGGCUGCUGUCUCCAUGGCCGGUGGGCUUGCGCCUGCUGCCAUCUCUUUGAAGACCGAUGCAAUCAGAGGCCUCUCAAGCUCCAUGUCCCGCUUCCCGAGCCCUUUGCUACCUCAAUCGUCCAGCUCUGUUAUCUUCCAAAACCCACUUUCUGUCAUUUCCCCAGCAGUGGUCGACCCCUCAAAGAAAGGAAAAGGAAAGUUGCCCACCAUGAACGUGUUGGAAAACAAACUGAGCCCAGAAGAGCCUUCCUCCUUCUUCAAACACAAGUGCAAGUUUUGCGGCAAGGUCUUUGGUAACGACAGUGCUCUGCAAAUCCACCUCCGUUCCCAUACUGGUGAAAGACCCUACAAGUGCAACAUUUGUGGCAAUCGCUUUACGACCAAAGGCAACCUUAAAGUGCAUUUCCAGCGGCAUAAGGACAAAUAUCCUCAUAUCAAAAUGAAUCCUUAUCCUGUGCCAGAACACCUAGACAACAUGCCCACAAGCAGCGGCAUACCCUACGGGAUGUCUGUCCCACUGGAUGAAUCGAACCUUAUUGUGGAUACCAAGCCUAUCCUGACGGCACUGCCUACCUCUUGCUUGCCUCCAAACACUCCCAACCUAGCAAGCAGCAAGGAUUCUUUUGCUGGUGUACUUCUGGGUGAUGUGCAGCCUAGGCCUUCACCAGAAAGUGAAGGGGAUUCUUCAUCAGGUACAGCCAGUCAAGAGUCAGGAGCUGAGCAGAACAGGAGUUCCCCGCAAGCUGGUAGCAGUGUACGUAUUCUCCACGGAGGCAGAGCCAGUGAGCAAGGCUCCGAAACAACAAAGCUCCAGCAGUUAGUGGAGAACAUUGACAAAUCCACGGCUGACCCCAAUGAGUGCCUGAUCUGUCAUAGAGUCCUCAGCUGCCAGAGCUCCCUCAAAAUGCAUUAUCGCACACAUACGGGCGAGAGGCCGUUCAAGUGCAAGAUCUGUGGCCGUGCCUUCUCUACCAAAGGCAAUCUUAAGACGCAUUAUGGAGUACACCGUGCAAAUACCCCAUUAAAGAUGCAACACUCUUGCCCCAUCUGCCAGAAGAAGUUUACAAAUGCUGUGGUGCUACAGCAGCACAUCCGAAUGCACAUGGGGGGGCAAAUCCCCAAUACCCCAGUUCCAGAAAACACACAUGACAUUACUGAUGUGGAGGCUACCACAGCUGAGAACAAUGGAGAUCCAUGUUGUCCAGAUGAUAAUGUAGAAUGCAUGGAGAUGGAAGGAGACCUGGAGUUGCAGGAUGGCCCAAGCCACUCUUCCAAACCACUUACCCCUUGCAAUACUCAAGCUGAUCCUAAGAGUUCUUUGUUUACCAGCAUUUCAGUGCUGGAAAACCAGAUGAAAAUGGUGAACUCGGCAUUGACCUUACAGCGGCAAAGCAGCCAGAAAUCCAGUGAUAAUGGCUCAGGGGAGAGCGAUGGUAUGACCAAUGACUCUUCCUCAGUAACAGGUGAUCCAGACUAUCAGAAUGGUGGUGGGAGUCCUGUUGUCUCUGAUUCAGCUUCUUUCACAGCAUUGUCUCCAGCCAACAGUCAAGCAGAGAGCACCACAUCCAAGUCUCCAGGCUUUAACAUCCAAGAAGAUGGUCUGGUGGGAAGUAAGGCUGAAGGGCCUGAAAUCCAUCCCAUGGAAAAGGAUAGUGCUUUGGAUCUAACUUAUGGCAGUAUUGGUCGAACGAUUAUCAAAGAGGAACCUGGGUUACUCUUCCCAAAUGGAGAAUAUGGCCGAAACAGCAUCCACCCUGCUUUCAUCAGGGCACCACCAACUCUUAUAAAAAUGGAAGUUCCUAGCGAUCGCCCUAUCAGCACGAGCCAUUUUAUUGCCCCACCUCUGUUGUCACCUGCUGGGCCUCCUCUGCUGCUGCCGCCACCCCCUCGCCGGACUGCCAAACAGCAUAUCUGCACUACAUGUGGCAAGAAUUUCUCUUCGGCAAGCGCUCUCCAGAUUCACGAGCGGACUCACACGGGCGAAAAGCCAUUUGCGUGCACGAUCUGUGGAAGGGCUUUUACCACGAAAGGGAACCUCAAGGUUCAUGUCGGAACUCACAUGUGGAACAACUCAGCCAGGCGUGGAAGAAGGCUGUCCAUUGAUAACCCCAUAGCGCUGCUCGGCAAUGAUCCCAAGAAAGUAUCAGAGAUGUUUCCCAAGGAUGUUGUGCCUGCGUCAGUCAACCUCGAUCCUGCAGCAUGGAACCAGUAUGCUGCAGUGCUCAGCAACGGCUUAGCCAUGAAAACCAAUGAGAUCUCUGUGAUCCAGAGUGGUGGUAUACCUUCUCUUCCAACCACAAUUGGGGGAGGUCCAGCAAUCAACAUCGCGAUGAAUUCUGCCUCAGUCUCCAACAUGGAUGGUUCCCAAUCUGCAAUUGGCUCAGAGAUGGAAAAGUCUAGUAGCACUGCUGCAGACAAUGUGCCAAAACGCCAAUUUCCUCACUUUAUGGAGGAGAACAAAAUUGCUGUUAAUUAAAAGCCAAGAAAACCUGAGACGAAGUGGAAUGGAUAAAAAAAUCAAUAUAGAUAUAUAUAUUAUAUUUUUAAGAGAUUACACCUCAAGUAUCCUUAUUUUCCUAUUGAUGUGCAAAUGAUUCUAUGAUUGUCUUUGUAAAGAGUUGUCCAGAGUACAAUCAUGCUGUUCGUUUUGCGCAAAACUAAAGUGAAGCCAGUUUAGGGUUCUUAUGUUCUCUUUUUGGAAAGAUGCGGGUCUUGCAAAGUAGUUCUUACAUGGGUGACUUAAACAUGUAAAAUAUUACCAGUUGUACAAUGUGAAAUUCCAAAAGUGAUGAACAUAUACUUUUUGUUUUGUUAUUAUGGCUUAUGUAAAAAAAACCAAUUGUGGCUUUGAGCAGAGUAGAAUCAAAUCUGUCAGUCAUUAAGAGAGGGGUUAGGGAGCUUGGUAUUCCUGGAAUUCACGACUAAUAUGUGGAAACUAAUUAUGCGGGUAAAUAUCCAAGAAUGCCACCCUUUUAGGAUAGUAUCUUUUUGUGUGUGUGUGGUUUUUUUUAAUGUGGUUUUGAAUGUAAUAUUGUUAUAAUGCCUAUUGGACAUGCAAAUCUCACUUAGAAGAAAUGCUGUUUAACAAGAAAUUACAUUUUUAAACUAGUGCUCUCUGUUUAAUCCAUGAUAAACCUUAAAUACCCUGUAUUGAUGACUGCUGCUUAUUUAAAUACUACAGUGGACACAUGCAAACCAUCAAGAGAACUGUGCCAAAAUCCUGACUUUUCAUUGCAAUGCUCUCCUCCCAUCUGUCCCCCGUACACCAGAUGCAGGUGGCAAGUUGGGAAAGAUUCAUCACCAAGAAGCAGGCACAAAGCAGGAGAGCUGAAAUUUUGUAUAUACUGUUGAAAGGGAAUUUGAUCCUUUGGGAGUCUGAGUUUGGAAUGUUCUGCUAGGAAACUCAGGUGACUGCAUUCGGGAAGCUGUUCACAUAGCAAGAGGAAAUAUUUCCUCUGCAUCAUUGAUCUUCUUAGGAAAGGACUGUAUCGCAAUCCUGUAUUUAAAAUGAAGUAUGUUCUUGGGGGGGGGGGCUUUUUGUUAAAGACAUUUCUACUUUACACAUUCAGGGUGCAAUCUACCCAGACAUUUAUCUGUGUGAACUUCGUACAGCAGGCCCGAUUCAUUUCAUUUGAAGUUUGUACAGGAGAACUUCUGAGGAGGUGGGGAGAGGAGGAGGCGAAGUUUCCUUUUGACUUUGUGUAUUUGCAUUUCCUGGAAGAAAAAAACAAAACAAAACAAAACCUGAUGGCAUUUGUGUUUGUAUGAAGGUUACUGGGAUGGCCCUCUGGAUUCUAAGUUAUCUACCUCAUUAUUAUUACUAUUAUUAUUAUGUUGUUGUUGUUCUUUUUGUAGUGCUAAGUGUCUAUUUUUCUAUAAAAUAACCACUGUAUUAAACUUGAGAUCCCAGCAGAGGCUACUGUGCACUAUUUGAACCAAAAAGUGAUAUACUGGUAAGAAUAUCUGAAGAUGUUAUGUUUUGUGCGUGUGUGUGUGCGCGUGCGUGUAUGCAUGUGGGUUUUUUUGUUUGUUUCUGGGCCAUUCUCCUUAAACCCCUCCCCCCUUGCUUCUGCAGAAUCUCUCUUUGUUGAUGUAAAGGUAUGCUGGAAAAUUUACUUAAGCAUUUGGUAUUAAAAUGACUUGAAUAAA